AUGGAGUCACGAUCCCAAGUUAAUCAUAAUACAAAAACCGUUCCCUUAGGGAACGAUCAAAGUCAUGUGAUUUUAACUGAGUCACCUUUGUUGCAAACUGAAGUGUCUGAAUUAGAACAGGAUGACGAAAUUGAUAAAAACCAAAUCGUUGAACAAGGUUUAAUACAAGAAUUUCAUUUACAUACUAAAGAAAAUGACAGCUCUAUCGAAAUUAGCAACUCCGGUGACAAAUCAGGAAAUAUGAUUUCGGAGGAAUCGAUGAUUGUUUCCUUUGGAAAUUCUGCCCAACAUUUGUCUCAUUUAUUUAAAACAGCAAUCAAGGCACUUACGUGCCUAGAUCAAGUGACUUUAAAAACCGCUUUCUCUAUAGAGAAAGACAAUCAGACUAAUGCAGAGGUGAGUGCUUCAUCUAAUGCACGAAGUGCACUUUCUCCAAAAGAUAAUAUAUUGCCAGAAAAUAAGAUAUGUCUUGGCACUAGCUCCGUUAUUCCAUAUAUAGAUUACGCAAGUUCUGAAACUUCUGAAUCCUCACAAAGCAAAAAUGCUGAUAAUUAUAUCAUACAAGACAGUUCGUUGAAAACUCAGGUAAUGGUGCCAAACAAAAAUCGUCUUUAUCAGUAUGCCAUCGAACAUGGAAUAAAUCCCAAAGAAUUUUCAAUUAUUACAGAGACUGAGAAAAAUAAGUGGAUCAUGAG